UGUGUUGACAAUAACUUAAGUAUUCACAAAUAAACUUGUUAAAAUAAUUUAUAAAUUAAGUGUUUAAAUAUAUUUUACUAAAAAAUUCUUGCAAAUAUUUAAAUGAUUUGCAGAUCAGUCUAUCAAAAAUAUCGAUACCCUAAUAAACUCAUACAUCGGUUUUUUGCAAUGAAGUUUUUAAAUCAAACAGAGGCCACUAACAUCGAUUUGGAAUUAUUUAAUGAAUACAAAUUUAGUGUGGAUCAAUUAAUGGAGCUAGCUGGUUUAAGUUGUGCUCACGCUAUUGCAAAGACCUAUUCUCCAGAAAGUUAUAAAAACGUUUUGAUAUGUUGCGGACCAGGUAAUAAUGGGGGUGACGGAUUAGUUUGUGCUAGACAUUUGUCAUUACUGAAAUUUAAACCGGUUGUUUAUUACCCUAAACGUACUGACAAAGAGCUAUUUACCAAUUUAUUGCAUCAAAUACAGUCUAUGAAAAUUGAAGUUUUGGAUGAAUGUCCGGAUAUAGAAAGUGCGAAGCUCAACUAUAACUUAAUUGUAGAUGCUCUUUUUGGUUUUAGUUUUAAACCACCUGUUCGAGAAAUGUUUGUUCCAAUAAUAAAUGUACUAAAAAGUUCAGGAAUCCCGAUAGUUAGCAUUGAUAUACCAUCAGGCUGGGAUGUUGAAAAAGGACCUUUAAAUAAGAACGCUGACAUUAAUCCCGACAUGUUAAUAUCUUUAACAGCACCUAAAUUAUGUUCCAAAUUUUUUAAUGGAAAACAUCAUUACUUAGGUGGGAGAUUUGUACCCAAGCCAUUAGAAGCAAAAUAUGAGCUUGAUAUUCCUGAAUAUCCAGGAACUGAAUGUUGUUUGAAACUUUAAUCUUCAUUAAAAAAAUUUCAAAUAUUUUUACAUAAAUGCAUUAUGUAUUUUUAUUAAAUAGGUACAACUAAAUAAAACAAUGAGACUGCU